AUGAAGGUAUUCUUUGGGGCAGCGGCGACGCUGUUGGCCAUCCCCUUCGCCGUCGGGCAGUCCUCCUCAACCUGCGGUCCAGCACCGUCUGGCUCGAUCCAACCCUCCCUCGCCUCUGGCUACCGUAUGCAAGUGGUUGCGACCGGCUUGUCCCAACCGCGCGGGAUUCUCCUCGACAAUGCUGGCAAUCUGAUGGUGGUAGAGCAAGGAAGAGGGGUCGUUUCGGCACAUACUCUGAAUGAAGACAAUGCAGGCUGUGUUUCGGUAACGUCAAGUCAGGACGUCACGUCGGCGUUAGGUCUGAACCACGGCAUAGAGUUGUCCAGUGAUGGGAAAACUCUCUACGCCUCCUCUUCAGAGGAGGUGUUUGCCUGGCAGUAUUCUCAGUCGUCAAGAACGGUAUCAAAUCGCACCACCCUCGUCGCCAACAUGUCUGGCACAGACCAUACCACUCGCACCUUAUUGCUUUCCAAGAAGGCUCCUGGCCUCCUGGUGGUAACCAGAGGCAGCACUUCCAACAUCGAUUUUGCGGCUGCCAGUUUGAGCUCCGGUCACUCUCAAAUCAAGGCAUUCAAUUUGACCAACCAGACUGGCACUCCGUACAACUUUGACACAACAGGGCUCCGUUUGGGAUGGGGGUUGAGGAACGAUGUUGGAAUUGCAGAGCACCCGGUUUCUGGUGGACUGUUCUCUGUUGAAAAUUCUGCCGACCAAAUCACUCGGAUGGGUGUUGACGUGCACCAAGAUAAUCCUGCCGAAGAGAUGAACUUUCUGGGAUAUCUCAAUGGAACCCAGUACGCUCCCCAAGGCGGCAAUUUUGGGUAUCCAUGGUGCUUCUCGGCAUGGGCUGUUCAAGACCUACCAGACAACGGGAACCUGACGGUUGGGAGUCAAUUCGCCAUAGACGCCAGUCCUGACUCCAACAACGAGAACCGAACCGAUGCUUACUGUGCGGAGCAACUACCCGCACGCCUGGUCUUCCAGGCUCACAUGGCUCCCCUCGAUAUCAAGUUCAACAACAGUGGCACAGAAGCUUGGAUCACUUUCCACGGAAGUUGGGACAGAGACGAGCCCAUCGGGUAUAAAAUGAGUGUUGUGGCGUUCAACAAUGAGGGCCAGCCUGUCGACGAUCUUCAGAGUACCACGGCUGCCCAGGAUAUCUUCGCCAACGCCAACAACUCGAGGUGUCCAGACGAUUGUUUCCGGCCAGUUGGCAUGGCCAUUGAUGAUCGCGGUCGAAUCUUCGUGUCCUCGGAUGCCUCUGGCGAGAUCUAUCUCAUUACAAAGGUGUCAGGAGGCAAUGCCACGGCCUCUACCACCUCGGGUUCACCUUCUCCCACUACUACCUCAGGAUCGCCCUCUCCCACGUCGAGUUCAUCGGCCGCAGUGUUCAACGAGCCUUCUCUCCUAUUGCCUAUUGCGGUGCUUUUGUGCGUUAGCAUCUUUAAUACCCUAAUGCUGUGA